AUUUAAAAAAAAGAAAUUAAAAUCUACUAAAUUUUUUUAUAGUUUACCAGGCACGAUAUUGGGCCGUAUUAUUUAUUAGUUCAAAAGGUGCGAAAAUGUCUGUGUCAUUUUUAGCGCCGUCUUUGCGUUUCUCUGUAUUUGAUCCUACUAAGUUGAAGACCAUACAUUCGGUUUUUUUUAAUGUGGUGAGGCACAAGUGGAAUUUCACACAUAUGGAGUUACCUAGUCCGAAAUCUAGAAAUUUUAGACGGGAAAUCGAAUGGCCCGAAAAGUACACCGUGAAACCAUUGAAUAAUAAACACUUGGCAGGCCGAGAUCCUAUCUCUGGCCGAGUCGUUGUCAAGGGCUUGGGUGGUGGUAUCAAACAGAAAUAUCAUUGGGUAGAUUUAAAACGUUUUGGACCCACUGGUGAACAUGAUGCUCCUCGGAUUGACCGUGUCUUAGAGAUAAUGGACUGUGGCUGUCGAACAGCUAAAGUGGCUUUGGUUGGUUGUGGCACAAAUUUAAAGUACAUUAUUGCAACUGUCAAUAUGAAACCUGGAGAUAUGUUGGUCACAUCUAGUUACAUUCCUCGCAUUCCAGUUAAUCCAAAUGAAGGAGAUGCAUAUCCACUCGGUGCAUUAUCUAAGGGAACAAAAGUACACUGUAUUGAAAAAAUGCCAGGUGAAGGUGCUCAUUAUGUAAUGACUGCUGGAUCAACAGCUACUAUAUUGAGACAAGUUGAUGACAGAGUUAUUAUUCAAUUGCCAUCAAAAUUACAAGUGUCACUUUCCAAACAUUGUAUGGCAUCGAUUGGGCAAAUAUCAAAUGCAAAUCACUUUAAGGAACACAUUGGCAGUCCAAAUCGUAACCGCGAAUUGGGUAAUCGUCCUCGGUCUGGAUUGUGGCAAAGAAAAACUGGUCGCUUUGGCCGUAAAAUUAGACCACCACCACCAUUAAAAAUUGUAACUGAACUUGCUCCAAAAAAAUUAGAAAAGGUUACAUUAGAACUAAGUGCUUUGUUUUGAAAUGUAUGUACUUAGGAUAUUGAUCAUUAACUGUUAUACUAAACAUAUUGUAUAAAAUAAAAUAAAUAAACUAAUAUAAUAUUUUAA